GUUUACCUAAUACUGAAAAUUGUCACAGGUAUAGUUUCCUCCUUCCAAAAAAGAAUUACUGUGGUUUACUUAAACAUUGUGAUUUAUCAAUUAUCAGAAUAAUGGACAAUCUAACAGAUACAUUAAUGGACGAGAAUGAAGCAGUCGAUUUAAGCGACGAUGAUAUUUAUAAAAGUUCUGAUGACAUAAUACAUAUUGAAAACCAGGAAUGUAUGCCCGUCCUGAUGGAUGAAGAGGUUUAUCAAAACAGAUUUAAACUGGCUAUUGUAUUAGCGCUUUUCAUUAUGCUCAUUAUUUCAAUAACUACGAUGACAUUUGUUACAAAUGACGACUUCGAUGGAAUUUCGACAGGAGAUUCAGAAAUUCCACGUUGCUCUUCACCGUUUCAUGGAGACAUUUCUAGACUUUCAAGACAAUUGGAAAACAUUUCCGUGUUAUUGGUGCAUGAGCGAGUUUCAGUUUAUUCAUAUGGGAAAAACAUAAAGCAACAAAGGAAGACACCAAAACAUAUAUGUGAUCAACUACAUGGUGAAUUUGAAAGACUUAAGGGAGAGGCUCAGCAAUUAAAUUGCCUGAAAGAUACCACAGACACAAUCGAAACAGGUACAGAUACACACACGCUACAACAGCGGAGAAAUAUUCAUUUUCCCACUCUUUCGUCAAGUCAUUACAGAUUGGCCUAUGGGAACCGAUGUUUAACUGGACAUACAGAUUACAUUGAUGUUAUUUUCAAACUAAGUCUAUUCCAUCCAAAUAUAUCUGACAAUGGCACGCUAUUGUUUGAAUUUGGACUUUCAACCUCUGUAGAAUAUAUGGUAAAACACGUUUAUGAUUAUCAAAUGUUAACAGUGAAAGCUUUUAGAUGUAAAGAUAAAUUUGGAAUUUGUCUAGAGGUCUCUGAUGAAAUUUCGUCAAAGAUUGAUGUCAGUAUUUUAAAACAAACAUCAGAAUGGACCCAAGGACAAAUCACCAUGGGACUUCAAAGCUCACGGCUCAUGCUCAUGUCAGAAAAUCAGAAUAUAUACGUAGGAAGUAAACUUAAUGUGUCACAUGGUUUGCAAUUGUGGCCAGUAUUUGGAAUAUACAAUUCACAUUUAAUAAAUAUGUCAUUUGCAAUUCAUUCAAAAGACAGCAUUAGUUUCAACAGAACCAGUUUGGAUCCACAUCUGUUCAUCUCUGAUGAUAACAAUACAAUUUCAAAUUGGCAUUUACAAUUCGAAAAGGAUUAUUUUUCUAGUUUCGAAAUUGUUUAUAUGUAUUUUAAAGAUGAAUUAUUUUUCACAAUGACCCUUUUGAUAUAUUUGGCAGAUGCUUGUAAUGCCUCUGAAAUGUAUCUAGAGUAGAUCAUAUGAUUUUUUGGGUCUUUAUUUCUUUUAUUAUUCUUCUUUUUAAUGACUUGAUCGAUAUUGUAUCAUUAUCAAAAGAUUAUGUAAAAGUAAACGGAAGUUUACGAGCUCUUCGUGUACACAUGUUAAGCGUUUUAACGCUUUUUAAUUGGAGUUCUUUAUUAUAUAUAAUACUGCCUGUCUAUGACUAAGUCUUUAUUAUACUAAAUCAAAGCAUAUGCUAUGUGUUUACAUAUAAAACGAUACAUAUAUGCGAAAACGCGAGCCAUACAUGUAUAAAAGACUCCUACGGUAGCCUAUGUUACCAUACUAACAUAGCAUCUGUUCUGUUGGUGACUAUUUUCCCUUUCCAUUUAGGAUACAGCAAUCUAAAUUUGUGUAUUCUUUCAUAUGAACCAGAUAAAAAGUGUCUAAAAUUUGUAUAAUCUGUAGAGUCGUUAUCAGUUGCAUUGAGACUUGAAAACAAUUUAUCAUUAGCAGGCUAAAUAUAAAACGUUUUAAACAGUUCUGACUUUUAAAAUUUAAUUUCAACAUUGUUCAAUUCAAAUUUUGAAAAUGAUUAUUAAAAAAAAAUGUACAUGAAGUGCAUUCGAAACACAUUCACUAGCAACGCUCCAAGUAGAAAAAAAAUGAAACCCAAUGAUCAUCAGUAGAUUGAUGUGAGUGUUCAACAGCCAUUUUGAUUUUACCAAUUUGAAAAGUCUGAACCUAAACCGUUGUCUUUUUAAUAGUUAAAGAUACUUUUCAGAUACUGUAAAUCUGGAAAUUUUCGCGCAGUCUUUAUUUCGCUAUUUACCAACGGAAUCUUAAUUCGCACCGUUAUGAAUUCGCGGUUUGUAGGAGGCCUGUACACAAUUUAAGAAAAUGAUUUUAAAACGGCACCGUUGUACAUGUAUCGUAAAGCAAGUGCUGGAAAUCAAUCAAAAAACCUUUUUAUCUAAACAAAGUGAACAUUUUUCGUCGUUCAUUGAUGUACAUGUAUAUUUCAAGUUUUUUGUGAAUUGACUUAUAUUAAGUAAAAGUAAACCGCUUAAUUUAUGUUUAUGUAAAAACACAUACACUAUUAACAUAAAAGAAUGCUUUCAAACUAGUAAGAUCAAAUUAGAAGCUGCGACGAUCACGGCUUAUUAAUCAAAUAUUUUGAUUUUAUUAAUUAUUGCAGAUCUAAUGUGAUAAUCAUUUUAAAAAAUGAUUGAAGAUGUCAUUUAUCUAAUUGUCACGAGUGAUGUUUAUAUAACGAUAUCAAUAAUUUCCAGUUCCUUAAAAUAGGUUUCAUAUUAAUUUGACUGUCACGAGCUAAAGGUUGUGGUUUCUAACACUGCCUUUCAUUUAGAAAUAAAAUUUUAAUUUGUGUUCUA